GGAAUAGUGACUAUUCCAUUCACCUUCCGCGUCCUCCGCUGCUCGACACCUAUUGUCCACCGCUGGGUCUUCCAGUCAGAAGAAGACAUAUGUUAUUCAUCGUCAAUCGUUUUCCUUCGUCUUAUCACCAUUUUAAUAUCUUUUCAAUUGUUGUUCGUCGAAUUCGUGUCUUCUUGAAAGAGCACCGCCAUCAUCAUCUUCAUCGUUUCUCACACCAUUUUCUAUUUUCCGUCUAAUGAUUUCUUUGUUCAUAUCUCAACGGAGGAAGACAAACUUCACUUUAUGAACAAAUUCUCGAUUUGACGUCGUGUUCGCUCCCAUCUGUUUCUAUAUACGAUUAGGGUUGUACGCCUUUUUUUUUCCAACUCUCGCAUUCCUGUUUUUCGUUGUUACAGUUACCUUUUUGUGUUUUUGUGAUGUACAGGUCGUCGGAGAUGAUGAAGUGCAAAGUCUUGCGACAUUGCCACCGGUGGAGAAGAAGACCCGAAAAAACCAUGGCUCUGUCAAUUAAUACCUCUCAUCGCUCCCCUUGCUCUGUGAAACGUUGGCUUCCACUUCUCCUGUCACCUUCACCGUCGUCAUCUACCAACUGUAUAAAUCGGGUCUCAACCAACAAAAGCCCUAAACUCUGAUAGAUUUGUAAGGAGCGAUGAUUGUACAUGCUCAAUCGAUAAUUUAUUUUUUUAGGCACCUUUUAUAUGAACCAUUGUUCCAAAUUGAUUGAUUACAACAUCAAUUGCUUUAAAAGAAGGGGCACCUGAAAGGAUAUUGUUUUUGGGUUAAGAUUCUGUUUUCAGAUGUUGAUGUUAUUUUCCCUGAUUCCUUUUGUUCAUUCCAUUGGUUUGGUCCAGGUAAUGCAAUCUGAUAACGUUUAGUAUUGUAGUGGCUCUUUCAGGUUAUGAGUUUCAGAUGGAUUUUUGCAUAAAGUUAUGGGCUAAUUGUUUAUAGGCAAAUUGAGCAUUUUUUUCUUCAAAAAAUUAGGACAUUUGUUGAUAAUGAAUCAACUUUACUGUAGUAGACAUAUUGGUUGCAUGAAUGAGCUUACUGAAAAAGCUUUGAUAUGUGAUGAUCUAAAACUUUUUGCUUUUAUUGUAUAUCGAUGAAAGUUGUCUAUAUAUCUUGAUUGCUUCUAAACUCAUUUUUGCUCUAUAGGAAAUCGUACAGUGUAGUGUGUGUUCGUAUUUGUUCGUUGUGCAUUACUUCAUUACCUUUUUGUCGUUGUUAUUUUGUUGUAUUUCAUAUUUGGCAUUAACAAAAUGUUUUUCUAUUCUAGACUUUUAGUUUGCUGACAAAUUAUUUUGUUUUGUUUAGUUGAUUAAUUCUAUUGCUACUCAUCCACUUCGGCUUAGUAUGUUUGUUAGCGGUAGAAUUGGAAAAAAAAAAGUUAAUUAAAUUGAGCUAAAUAUAGCUUGGGAAUCUUUGGUAGUGGAAGGCAUUUUGGGUAAUUUAGGUUUUAUUUUUGUUAGAGGUUUAGCUAUAUGAUGGGAUCAAUGAAGGGGAGGGUAUCACCAAAGGUGUUAAAAUGGGUGG